AUGAAGUUUCUUCAAAUGAAAUAUCGUGAGAAGCAGUCCGAUUGGUUCGGGAAACGAGGGCUCAGCUGGCAUAUAUCCACCGUCAUAACUAAGAAUUUCAGCACUGGUAAGGUCGAGCUGAAAUCAUACGCUCACAUCCUUGAUUCCUGCCAGCAGGACUGGUAUGCAGUCUGCUCAAUCAUUCAAAACACACUGGAGGCUUUGAAAAAGGAACAACCCCACAUUUCCCGAGUGAGCCUUAGGAGUGACGAAGCGGGUUGUUACCAUAACAACUCUCUCAUGGCAGCCGUAAGAGACGUUGGGGAAAGAGUUGGCAUCACUGUCACGCUGUAUGACUUUUCCGAGCCACAAUACGGGAAAGAUGUCUGUGAUAGGAUCCUUUGCCCAAUGAAAUCAGCUAUCCGACGAUAUUGUAAUGAGGGACACGAUGUUAUUUCUGCAAAGGACAUGCGUACAGCACUUUCCGAACCUCCUGUUAGAGGCACAACUGCCUGCGUUUGCUCCGUGAACGAGCUUCAUUUGACACUUGCGGUUAACAGGAUGGAUGGCUUCAGCAGGUAUCAUAACUUUAAAUUUGAUUUAAACGGAGUUAGGGUGUGGAGAGCGUAUGGUGUAGGACAAGGAAGGCUAAUUCCUUACGAAGACAUCAUCGUCAAGCCCCAGGGUUCUACAGACCUUGUGAUGAUGUGGACUUUUUUCCAGUUAAUGAGGCUCGAAUUCACGUGUCUUCCUUACCCGAGGGUGAUGGUGAACAAACUAGCGGUCUUUUCUCCUGCUCCGAGCCUGGGUGUCACAUGGUCUUUAAGAAAUUUAGUGAGCUUGAGAAUCAUCUUGAUGUUGGCGAACACCGCCGAGUGCGCGGAGGAGGCUCUGAAACGGUAUAUGACAAAGUCAGAAGAGACUAUGCAGAAAAAUUUCUUACUGUAGACUGCAAUGAGGAAAGCAGC